AUGCUUCAUUGGAGCCUACCAUUAGUUCUCUGCAUUUGGUUAUUGGUGCUGAGUGCCUCAGCUCUCGGUGCCUCACCAGGAGGCGGACCAACUAUCAAGUAUACUGCAAGUCUCGGGCAAAGUGUCGAGUGCCUUAGCGAGGUCAACGCUGCGCGUGAGGCAGCUGGGCUGCCCAACUUCACAGAGGCAUCAGAUAACAAUAAAUUAACUGACCCAAAUGGAACAGAGCUGGACGACGCCAACGACUGGAAAAAAGUUUGCACACAUUUGAUUCCGACCCAAGCACCGAAAACAAUGGCGGCCUCUAGCUCACUGAAACCAUUUAAAGACGGAACAUAUGCUUUCAAGUCCCUAACCGCCGCGAAGCCUGACUGCAAGGAAACGGUUGAUUACUGGAAGGCAGCCUACAAAAACUUCACUGGCCUUCCGCCGCCAAAGACUGACAACGAAACACUCUACAAAAAUCAAGAUAACGUUUCUUUUGUUUCCCUGUACAACCCUUCAUCUAGUGCCACUGCAGACUGCCGAGUCGUCACUUGCACUCAAACGACUACGUCUACUACAGGUGGUGCAGGUGGUGGGCAGCUCUCAACUUCUGCGGAAGACGGAACUACAAAAAAUGGCUAUGCGUUGAUUUGCAAGACGAUGCCUGCCGUUUUUGGAAGUGAUGGCUCUGCUUUAUUCACGCAGGAGCAGUGGGACAGGAUCGUAUCUUCCCUCACAGGUUCCGCAUCGACAGCAGUUCCAAGUUUUGUUGCUCUUGCCAUUGUGAUAUUCGGCAUCACGACUUUAUUAUGA